AACAACAACAAUACACGCGGAAGUAGACGAGAGAGAGAGAGAGAGAGAGAGAGGAGGAAACCGGAAGUGGGGUGGAGAAAGAGUCCGGAAGUUCCGGAAAGCAAAGAAAGGAGAAGACUGACCUCGGCCAGAAUGGACGAUACACUGUUCCAGCUAAAGUUUACAGCCAAGCAGCUGGAGAAACUUGCCAAGAAGGCUGAAAAGGACUCCAAAACUGAACAAGCCAAAGUCAAGAAGGCACUUCAGCAGAAGAAUGUAGAGUGUGCCCGAGUCUACGCUGAGAAUGCCAUUCGGAAGAAGAAUGAAGGCUUGAACUGGCUCCGCAUGGCUUCCCGAGUCGAUGCUGUGGCCUCCAAAGUCCAGACAGCAGUGACCAUGAAGGGGGUGACAAAGAAUAUGGCCCAGGUGACCAAAGCCCUGGACAAAGCUCUCAACUCGAUGGACCUUCAGAAAGUCUCUGCUGUGAUGGACAAGUUUGAACAACAGGUCCAGAACUUGGAUGUUCACACUUCGGUGAUGGAAGACUCCAUGAGCUCAGCCACCACAUUGACUACGCCCCAGGAGCAGGUGGACAGUCUGAUUGUCCAGAUUGCUGAGGAGAACGGCCUGGAGGUCAUGGACCAGCUGAACCAGCUGCCUGAGGGGGCCUCGGCGGUGGGGGAGAGUUCUAUGCGUUCCCAGGAGGACCAGCUAUCACGGAGGUUGGCUGCCUUGCGGAAUUAGCUCUUCCUCUCCACUCAUGGACUGUUGCUGAUGCCUUGUUUGCCUAUGAUUUGUGGGGUUACCAUGGGAGGUUAUACCCCUCAACCUUCCUUCCUUCCCAACUUUCCUCUUCUGUGACCAGAAAAAAGGCUGAUCCCUCCAACAGCUCUGGGGCUGCUGGAUUCAUCCAUGGACUUGAGCAGCGUUCUUGGCGAAUAUCUGGGGUUUUUGUUGUUGGGUGGGCAGAGGAGAAGAUGGCUGGGAGGAGGGAGGCAGCUUUCCUGGACUGGAUUUGUUUUUUGUUCCCCCUUCACUCCUUUCAGCCUACAUUUCCUGUAGCCCUCUUAGGCAGGUGCUCAUUGGCCACAAGGAGCACAUAACUCUUGCACAUGAUUCAAGCAUAGCUUGUGUGAGAUUUGGACCAUUCGCAUUUUUAAGAGGGACAGAUACCUGUAAGUGUGGAGCUGGGCAUGGUAUCAGUCACCAUCCUCCUUUAUUAUUCUUAGAGUCGCUCCCACAACCCAAUGCUCUUCAGUAACUGGAUCCAGGAUGAUGAGAGUUCUAGUCUAGCCCCUCUGGGGUGUACUGGGUGGCUUGGGGUGGUAUUUUAUGGCAAUGAGGCCUGUUGAAACUGAGUCAGAUAAGACUUCCAGUGCAUCAGGAGGAUGGGUGUUUCCCUUUUUCCUUUCUCUCCUGGAUCUCACCUGCCUUUGAUUUGCACACCUUUAAGUGACCUUUGAACACCAUGCUCCUCUAUUCUCCUCCUCUCUGGUCCACCCCACAGACACUCACUGAUGCCUCUUAUGCUCUCUUUUGCGGGUGAGCCUUUUGCAGGCAUCGGCGCUUCCCUCCUGUUGGUUUGCAGUCUGUUAAUUUUGUUCCCCCAGUUCUGGCAUGUACAUCACUUUCCUAAAAUUGGAGGGGAGGAAUCCUCUCCUCCCAUGUACAUAAAUACUUUGGUCCUUCUUAUGGUCUUAGAAAUUUGGGCCUUUUUGUUCUGAGACACCCUUUUCAGUGACGUGUGGGCUCUUAAUACAUGGGUUCUGACCUGUUUCUGCCUGAAGAUGUAAAAGGAGAGAAGAGUCCUCCCGAUUUUUAGGACUCAGCUUUCCCAUAAACCCAGUCAGAGCUCAUGAUGGAGCUGUGGUCUCCCCCAUUGCUGCAGGUAUUUAAAAGGAGGCUAUUCUUUCGUGUUCUCUCUUGCACUCUCAUUUUUUUGAAAAGCCCACGUCUGUCUGCCAAGGGCUUGAUGAUAGGCUACUACUGGCCCUGAUCUUCCAAGCUCCACUUUUUUGCCAGGUGGGCAGAUGGUCUGUGACCGUAACCCUUGCGGGCACGCCUUUUACUAGCUCUCUUGGUGGAAAAAAAUUGUCUUCUGUUGCCUUUUUUUUAAAGGGGAAAAAAUUAAAGUGAAUGCUGUCAUUUAUUUGAUGCUGUUUUAAAUAAAUGAAUUCUCUCUGGUAGUCAUGUAGAGUCA